AUGGGAAAUGGUCCAGACACGAGCAAUACCACGACGGUAGCUCAGCUGAAUCAGUCCUAUCGCGAUAUCUUCGAGGACAUGCAGGGCUUCGCUCGGCUGAACCGAGCCAGCGUGACCUCGGAUAUCAUAGACCAGAUGAGCCGGAAAAAGUGGACCAAGUUCCUGAGUCACCUCCGUUUCGAGGACCCACUCGAGUUCAACGAGGGAGAUGUCGGCAUGGCUGGCGGCAUCCAGGUGCUAGAGCCUGCAAAUGCCAACAUGGUCACAGAGGACAUCAUCAAAAGAUAUGGUGGCCCCACUGCUCCGUCAACACCCUGGCCACAGGAGCCCGACGAGCAGAACGACGAGAGCAAGUUCGCGCGCCUCGAAAAGCUGAUCAUCAGGGCCACGAAGAAGACGAAAGACAAGGCGUCCAAGGGCAAGAAGACGCCGAGUGCCUUAGACGCCUCUGACCUCGGCUCUGACCAGGCAUCCGACUUUGCCCGGAGUGCAUCGCAAUGA